CCAACCGAACAAAGCUCUGUCAAAUUGCUCCCAUAAUAUCAUCCAUUUUGGAUAUGUAUAUAUAUAUAUAUAUAUAUAUAUAUAUGUAAAAGACCAAUAAACCCCCUCCCAUUUCAACACAGUUGGCGAUUAUAAAUACCAAAAUACAAAAUCCAAGCCUCAAGUCAGGCCAGGACCCCCAGCCAAAGAUCAAUGGAGAAUUAUGCGCACAACGGCCACGGCAAUGGCAAUAGCAAUGGCUUGCAUCCAAAAACGGGGAGAGUCAUCACUUGUAAGGCUGCUGUUGUGUGGGGUCCCGGACAGCCUUUUGUGAUGGAAGAAGUUCGUGUGCAACCCCCUCAGAAAAUGGAGGUCCGGAUCAAGAUCCUUUAUACAUCAAUCUGCCACACCGAUCUCAGCGCUUGGAAAGGAGAGGAUGAAUCUCAGCGAGCCUAUCCUCGAAUUCUAGGCCACGAGGCUUCUGGAGUUGUUGAAAGCGUCGGUGAAGGUGUGAGGAACAUGGAAGAAGGAGACUAUGUGGUCCCCAUUUUCAACGGAGAGUGUGGAGAAUGCAGGUGCUGUAAAAGCGAGAAGACUAACAUUUGCAGUAAAUAUGGGGUAAACCCAUUCAAGAAGGUUAUGGUGAACGACGGCAACACUAGGUUUUCUACCAAAGAUGGAAAACCCAUUUUCCAUUUUCUCAAUACUUCCACUUUCAGCAACUACACGGUGGUUGACUCUGCUUGUGUCGUCAAGAUUGACUCCCACCUCUCUCCUCUCACUCCCAAGAACAUGACCUUGCUCAGCUGCGGUGUUUCUACUGGUGUUGGAGCUGCAUGGAAUACUGCCAAUGUCGGAUCUGGAUCAACCGUUGCAAUUUUUGGUCUGGGCGCUGUGGGACUUGCUGUGGCUGAAGGAGCAAGAGCCAGAGGAGCAUCCAAGAUAAUAGGUGUUGAUAUCAAUUCCACCAAAUUCAUCAAAGGUCAAAAAAUGGGGCUCACGCACUUUAUUAACCCAACAGACCUUGAUCAGCCACUGCAUGAGAGAAUCAGAGAAAUGACAGAAGGAGGCGUGGACUACAGCUUUGAGUGUGCUGGAAACUUGGAUGUUCUGCGGGAGGCCUUCCUGUCCACACAUGAGGGUUGGGGGCUCACAGUGGUGUUGGGAAUUCAUCCAACCCCAAGAAUGCUGCCCCUGCAUCCAAUGGAGUUGUUCAAUGGCAGGACAAUUGUUGGAUCCAUAUUUGGUGGCUUCAAAGGCAAAACCCAACUCCCUCAUUUUGCCAAACAAUGCAUGACCGGGGUGGUGGAUUUGGAUAAAUUUAUAACGCAUGAACUUCCCUUUGACAGCAUAAACGACGCAUUUCAGCUUCUUGUUGAGGGAAAGUCCUUGAGAUGCCUUCUACACAUCUGAGCUUUAUUUAUUUAUUUAUUAUGUUGCAUUGCAAAUGCAACCCAUAUUCCACAUAUUAUGCUGAAUAAUCCAACAAAAUUCCUUCUUUUCAUGAAUACAAAAAGGUUAUUCUUAA